CUCGGCCGCUCGGGGGACCUGAGGGACGCGCGGCCGCCUGCGGGGCCAGCGGUGCUGCUCGGGAGAGCCCGGAGGCCGGCGGUGAGAUAUUUCUACAAGAAAGAAAUCACUCUCCUCCUAAGAUGGAAUCUGUGAUUUGGGAAUGUGGUUGAUCAACUUGAUAUGCUGGCCAGAUGUGCCCUAUGUAAUAAAAUGAAAAGAAGAUACAAGAUGAUGUCAUUUUCCCAUAUUGUGAAACCAAAAACAAAUGCCCUUUGUGAGACCAGGUUAACAGUCCUUUGACAGUACAGGAAGUUUUUAACUGAGGAGCCUAACAGAUACAGAAGGGGUACUUUCAAGCUGAGACCUGCAGGUGUAGACUGAUCUAAAACACAUCUUGAGUAGAUCUGAUCAUCCGAGCCUCAUUCUGAUCCAGGAAGAAUGGCUGUGAGCUGGAUUGUCUUUUAUCUUUGGCUCUUGACUGUGUUUCUGGGGCAGAUAGGUGGGCACAGUUUGUUUUCUUGUGAACCUAUAACCUUGAGGAUGUGCCAAGAUUUGCCUUACAAUACUACCUUCAUGCCUAAUCUUCUGAACCAUUAUGACCAACAGACUGCAGCUUUAGCAAUGGAGCCAUUCCAUCCUAUGGUGAACCUGGAUUGUUCUCGGGAUUUUCGACCAUUUCUUUGUGCACUCUAUGCCCCUAUUUGUAUGGAAUAUGGACGUGUCACCCUUCCCUGUCGUAGGCUGUGUCAGCGUGCCUAUAGCGAGUGUUCAAAGCUCAUGGAGAUGUUUGAUGUCCCUUGGCCUGAAGAUAUGGAGUGCAGUAGGUUUCCAGAUUGUGAUGAGCCAUAUCCCCGACUUGUGGAUUUGAAUUUAGUUGGAGAUCCAACUGAAGGAGCCCCAGUUGCAGUGCAGAGGGAUUAUGGUUUUUGGUGUCCCCGAGAAUUGAAAAUUGAUCCCGAUCUUGGCUAUUCCUUUCUGCAUGUGCGAGAUUGUUCACCACCAUGUCCCAAUAUGUACUUCAGGAGAGAAGAACUGUCAUUUGCUCGCUAUUUCAUAGGCCUGAUUUCAAUCAUUUGCCUCUCUGCCACAUUGUUUACUUUUUUAACCUUUCUAAUUGACGUCACAAGAUUCCGUUACCCUGAAAGACCUAUCAUUUUUUAUGCAGUCUGCUAUAUGAUGGUGUCAUUAAUUUUCUUCAUUGGGUUUUUGCUCGAGGACAGAGUAGCCUGCAAUGCAUCUAGCCCUGCACAGUAUAAGGCUUCCACAGUGACACAAGGAUCUCACAAUAAGGCCUGUACCAUGCUCUUUAUGGUACUCUAUUUUUUCACUAUGGCUGGCAGUGUAUGGUGGGUAAUUCUUACCAUCACAUGGUUUUUAGCAGCUGUGCCAAAGUGGGGCAGUGAAGCUAUUGAGAAGAAAGCAUUGCUGUUUCAUGCCAGUGCCUGGGGCAUCCCCGGAACUCUAACUAUCAUCCUUUUAGCGAUGAAUAAAAUUGAAGGUGACAAUAUUAGUGGCGUGUGUUUUGUCGGCCUCUACGACGUUGAUGCGUUAAGAUAUUUCGUUCUUGCUCCCCUCUGCCUAUAUGUGGUAGUUGGGGUUUCUCUCCUCUUAGCCGGCAUCAUAUCCCUAAACAGAGUUCGGAUUGAGAUCCCAUUAGAAAAGGAAAACCAAGAUAAGUUAGUGAAGUUCAUGAUCCGGAUCGGUGUUUUCAGCAUUCUGUACCUUGUACCACUCUUGGUUGUAAUUGGAUGUUACUUUUAUGAGCAAGCGUACCGUGGCAUCUGGGAAACAACAUGGAUACAGGAACGCUGCAGAGAAUAUCACAUUCCAUGUCCAUACCAGGUUACUCAGAUGAGUCGUCCAGACCUGAUUCUCUUUCUGAUGAAGUAUCUCAUGGCUCUCAUAGUUGGGAUUCCCUCUAUUUUUUGGGUUGGAAGCAAAAAGACUUGCUUUGAAUGGGCCAGUUUUUUCCAUGGGCGAAGGAAAAAAGAGAUAGUGAAUGAGAGUCGGCAGGUGCUCCAGGAACCUGACUUUGCUCAGUCACUCCUGAGGGACCCAAAUACUCCAAUUAUAAGAAAAUCAAGAGGAACUUCCACUCAAGGGACAUCCACACAUGCUUCUUCAACUCAGCUGGCCAUGGUGGAUGAUCAAAGAAGCAAAGCAGGGAGUGUCCACAGCAAAGUGAGCAGCUACCAUGGCAGCCUUCACAGGUCACGUGACGGCAGGUACACUCCCUGCAGUUACCGAGGAAUGGAAGAGAGACUACCUCACGGCAGCAUGUCACGGCUGACAGAUCACUCCAGGCACAGUAGUUCUCAUCGGCUCAAUGAGCAGUCCCGACACAGCAGCAUCCGAGACCUCAGUAACAACCCCAUGACUCACAUUACACAUGGCACCAGCAUGAACCGUGUUAUUGAAGAGGAUGGGACCAGUGCUUAGUGUUGUGUAAGAUGAAAUGUGUGCCGUGGAAAGCAGGUUUUAGUCUUUGCCUUUGCAUGGCUGGCUGCUGUAACUCGCUGUCACUCUGCUUUCUCAGGCAGAGUGUGCCCACUGGGAAAGUAGAUCUUUUUAUCACAUAACCGUGGGAUGUGAACACAUCCAAAACACUAAGAAUCAUGUCAUCACAAAAGUAAUUCUUUCUAGGCUGUGACGAGAUGACUGUCUGGUAAGCAUUUUUAUAAACCCACUUAUUUUAUAUCUAGAAAAAUCCUCUAUGUGUGGUGACUGCUUUGUAGUGAAUUUUCAUAUAAUAUGAACUAGUUGUGAAAUGACAUUCUGGUAGCUCUGUUAAUAAAACAAAGUUUCAGAAUUAAAGAAAAUUUCUAUGCAAGGUUUAUUUCUCAGAUGAAUACUAGGACUUUGUAGGUUUAUUUCCACAGAGUGAAAAAAGGAACUGUUUUUAAACUGUAGAAGACUUUGAUAAGCCAGCAAGGGUAUUUUAGCUAAUAGGAUAACAGCGCCAUAGAAGAUCUGGUUGGCCUGUGGGAGGUUCUCAAAGUGUGUCAAUCUUCCCCCAAGAUAUGCAGGCUGUGGAUGAACACUGGAGUGAAGGCAGAGAUGAGCAUUUCCCCGGUAAUUGGACUGGUUUUUGUUUUGUAAAUAUUACUUUUAUGGGCUAUGCUUUUAUAAUAUCCAUAUGCAUGAUAGAAACACUUUAAUUUGUGGCCAUUUUCCCCAGGAAAUAGUAGACAACUUCAUGUUCAUAUAUGUUCUGUGGAGGCAUGCAGUAAGAUAAGCAUCACACAUUAUAAGGGGUUUUAGUGGUAAACAAAUUACAAAUGGCAAAAUAUUUUCUGUGUAUUCAUUGUCGUAUUUUUCUACAGUGAGAUGUGAUCUUGCCAAAGCCAUCAGACCUUGGUACCCAGACCCUCCUAUAGUGAGCUGAUUGUCUGCACCGAAUUCCCCUGUAGCCAGUUGGCUACAGCUUUUGCCCCACAUCCCUAUUUUCUGAAUUACUAUGGUUUACAGCUGAAAUAUAGAUAGAUAGACUAAGUCCAAAAUGGUGAUUGAUUUGGGUUCUUGAAAAUCAUUUUAACUAAGUGGAGCAUGGUUACUCUUUCUGUGAAUACCAUUUAAUCUUAAAAAUAUUAAGUAAAAACCUCUUCACAUUUUAUCUUGCAAAGCUUAAAUGAUUUAGGAUAUGAACUGUGAAGUUUAUUUGUAUAAAAUUGAUCAGAAAGAAAAAUUCUUGAAAAUGCUAAUAUGUUAUUCAGAAAACAUAAGUGAUGUUCGGCCCUGAUUGCAGGUACGAAUCACUCUGGAAACUAUAGCCAACAUCUUUCUGUCAGGUUUGAGUUGAUGCUUUAAAAACAAGCAGCUUUCCAGGUGAUUGUUAGUGUAGCCAGGCUUGAAGCCGUUUUUUUAAGCUAGCUUUCCCCUAAGGAUGGGCUAAUGGCAUCACUUUCGACCAUGGGAAGGUGGAGCCAGACACAGUGAUACACUUAGCUUGUUUCCUGAUAUGCAGUUGUUUCUUACUCUGUUAUAAUCCACUAUAAAAUGCAGAAUUCUCAGCUCUCAUCUUGAGAGAGUCUUACUCAAUAAAUCAAAGGCAGUAGGAUCUCACAAAUCUGUAUUUCUAAAAAUACCACAGCAGAGUCUUAGCAGGUUAUCCAAGAAUCACACUCAG